AUGAAGCUUCUCACCAAGGAACAAGAAGAAGAACACUACCGCCAAACCCUUAUCGGCGGCGCGAUAUACGGCGUGUCUGGGCUGGCAGUAGGCCUGGUUGGCGUCGUCGCCGCACACCGUCGCUUCCCAUUCAUCCGCAGCCUAACUCCUGCCCUCAAAGCUUUCCUUGUCACCUCGAGCGGAACAUUUGCCGGCAUCAUCGGCGCAGACCAUUACUCCCGCGCCUACGAAGCCUCCCAGAACCCUAAAGAAGUCGAGUUUCGAAAACGCCAAUCCGAACAGGCAGUUAAAGAUGCCGCGGGCAAGACGUUUACCGAGCGGGCCAUGGAGUUCGGUCGGCGAGAACGAUACAAGAUUGUUGGCGGCAGUUGGGUGGCCUCGAUAGCAGCCUCUUGGGUCCUCGUCAACCGGAACAAAUACCUUACUGGCGCCCAGAAGAUUGUGCAAGCAAGAGUGUACGCCCAGUUUCUGACAGUGGGUGUCUUGAUAGCUACUGCGGCGUUCGAAAUUGCGGACCAAAGAAAAGGAGAGGGAAGAUACGAGACCGUCAGAUACAUUGACCCGAAAGAUCCGGAGCAUAAGCGCAUGAUCGAGAAGCAGGUUGAGAAAGAUGCUCCCAGCCAAGGUUCAGGCAGCGGAUCCGACGAUCUCUGGAAGCAGAUGGUCGAAGACGAGGAACAGCGAUUGAAGGCCAGAGAGGAGCGUCACAAGCAAUAUGAGCAGGAACACCACAAGAAGCAUAAGAAUGGCAAGAACAGCAAGCAGCAUGAAGGAGAGGAGAAGUGA